AUGUUUGGUCACAGUCCGAAGCCUUUGACUGGACCUUUCACGUUGGCGUUCGGCACCGGCUCAACAUGGCGAAAGGAAGACCCAGAGACUCUCAACACCGGCCUUGUCGACAUGGUGAAAGAGGCUCUCCUGGCUGGCUAUCGUCACCUGGACACAGCUGAGCUAUAUAACACGGAGAGGGAAGUCGGUGAGGCGAUAAAGCAAUCCGGCGUUCCAGUCUCCGAGAUCUACAUUACCGGGAAAGUGUUCACAAUGUCGGACAUCAAAGGAGCGUUUGAUCGUACCUUGCAUCGACUAGGUGUUGGGUAUAUCGACCUGUAUUUGCUUCACCACCCUUACUUUGGCAAUACCAACGCAGAUCUCCAAGCGGCUUGGGUCGAGCUCGAGGCCAUAUUCGAUUCCGGGAAAGUCGGCGCCAUCGGUGUCUCUAACUUCACAGAAGCCCACAUCGAGACAAUAUUGGAGACUGCACGGAUAAGGCCAGCGUGCAACCAGAUCGAAUUGAGCCCGUACCUUCAACGUACUGAGCUGCGGGAGUACCACAAGAAGCACGAUAUACAGACGUUUGCCUUCUCACCCUUGUCGCCAAUAGUCAGAGCGACUCCAGGUCCUCUGGACACAAGAGAUUGUGGUGGUGACAACUUCGACGGAGAAGGCUCGGAUGCAGGACCACCUGCUGGCUUUGAAUAA